ACUGAGUCAACUGACCCACAUUAUUCUAAAAAAAUCUUUUUAAAAUUUAAAAGACAGGUUGACAAAUUUUUCAAGUGCUUCUGUGUGUAAACUGUAAGGAAGCAUGCCACCGUGUUAAAAAUAUCCGCGAAAAUUAUUCGGUAGCGUCAUCCACCAAUAUCCUCCUCAGGAUUCGGUCGAUUUAAUUCAUCGUUGUAACUUCGCUGUCUGCCGUGACACCAUAAAUUCCAUUCUGUCUGGGUUGUUUGGGUCAGAGAUCCAGGAGGCAAGAGUUUCUACGGAUCCCAGCUGACAACGAGAUCCAGUUAGAUUUGGAUUGAUCUGCCAGAAUCUCCGUCAGCAGACUCAGAAAUGAUAUUGAACCUGAUAAAUCUCCUAUUUAUAUGCGCGUGUGCCCUGGUGUUGCGAGACGUAACCUGCCAUGCUAGUAAUCAAAACUACAAUCUCCCUCCAAUUCCUCAACCGCAUCUACAACCUGGCCAGAAUCCCAUGCACGACAAGGCCUUCGUACAGGAUAAAGCGCAUAUUCAAGAGCAUUUAGAAGGCAUCACCAACAAACGACCGGAAGAUAUGAACGAACUGGAACUGCAGUUCCAUUACUUCAAACUCCAUGACACGGACAGCAACAACAAGCUUGACGGAUUGGAGCUGAUCCAUGCUAUCACGCAUUAUCACGGCGGAGAUUUAGGUCCGCUUUUCGAAAGAAAGGAUUUAGUUGUGGAAGAAGUUCCGGAUGUGAAAGGUCCUCGUAUGCUGACCGAUCACGAGCUAAGCAUGACAGUGGAUGCCAUAUUACUGGACGAUGAUAAAAAUAAUGAUGGUUAUAUUGAUUAUUCCGAAUUUGCUACCUCGCAGACCAGAAAUCAGGGCCCAAAUAAUCCGAAUAGGCAGCAGUCUUAGAUUUAUGCUUUUUUACCGGCUGGCUUACCUUACGUUUUUGACAAAGUUUUAUUGUGUAUUUUUUCUACAGCGUAAUUGAUUUGUUUGCACUGAAGCAGAAUACCAUUCAGUUGAGUUUCUGAGUUAACUCACUGCAAAUGUUUAACUAACAGCAGAAAAUUAUUAAUAAAGUUCUGGCGGGAUAAAUUUCGUGAUAACUG